UGAGGGUUUAAGAGAAAUUGAAGGCCUUGAGAAGGGUGUGAAAAGGAACUGAGGCCAAGGACUAUUGCAAAGAAAAAUUAUGUGACUUUUGUAUCAUGUAUAUUAAAAAUCAGUGUCAUAAAUAAGUUCCAAAGGACAAUGAAGUUGGUAAAGAGUGUACCUGUCAAUUAUAGGAGAGUCUGGUGCAUAACAUCAGCUGUGAGUCUGUGCUUGUGGAUCCUUCCAUUCAUACUUGGAAAAUAUACCGAUGUUACUUUCCCCUUCAUCGCUUCAGAAGACAUACCCCAGGAAUUGGUUGGCCUUGUUGGACCUACAGAAAAUGGUCUGGAUUGGUGUCCUGUCUUAUCUCCCCAUGUGGUAAACGUAGACAGAUUAACAACCAACAAGAUCUUUCCUCAGACAGAUGAAGACAUUGUUAAGAAAUACAACAUAUUGCCUGGUGGUACCUGGAAGCCAACAGAAUGCCAGUCAAGAUACCAUGUUGCCAUCAUCAUUCCUUACCGAAAUAGGAGUCUGCACCUCCAGCAGUUCCUGACGUAUAUGCAUCCAUUUCUCAUGAGGCAACAGUUAAACUAUAGAAUUGUGGUUGUGGAACAGACAGACGAGAAGCAGUUUAAUAGAGCAAAACUCUUGAAUAUCGGCUUUGUCGAGACCAAUAAGCUGGCCCAGGUUGACUGUUUCAUCUUUCAUGAUGUGGACCUACUGCCACAAAAUGACCUCAAUGUGUAUGCAUGCACCCACAACCCGCGACACAUGUAUUCUGCUAUUGACACUUUCAGGUACCAGCUUCCAUAUCGGCGUCUGUUUGGAGGAGCUGUGGCUGUUCAGAAAGUACACUUUGAAGAAAUUAAUGGAUUUGCAAACAAGUUUUAUGGAUGGGGAGCAGAGGAUGAUGAUUUUUACAAUCGCUUCGAGAAAAGAGGGUUACAUAUCAUUCGUUUUGACCCAGCAGUAGCAAAGUAUGUUAUGCUAUCUCAUGUCAAAGCCACACCUUCCAAGGAGAGAUAUGCACAUCUUUGGGCAGAAAGCACUAGAAAUGAUGGCCUUUCUGAUUUAACUUACAAGCUGCUAAAGAAAGAACUAAGAUCUUUGUAUACUUGGCUGUAUGUUUCUUGUUAAGUGUCUUCAUUUGUACUAUAGAGCCAGUUAAAAAAAUAUGUGUAUAUAUAUGUAAAUGUUCCUUUAACAUGCUAAAAAGAAUUUGGGUCAUCUUCAUCUUCCCUUCUAAUAUACAUUCAUUCAUCCAGGGAAUUCCAGUGAUUAUCAAGCAUUUUUUUUUUUUUUUUUUCCCCGUAUUUAUCUUCCAGACUACUGAUUACAUAUAUCUAGUUUCCCUAAAUUAGGGUGUUUCUUUGGAGAAAAUAGCAUUUAAUACCAUAUAACAUUCUCAGAUUUAUUGGUCAAGAUGCAUUUUUUUUUUUUUUUUUUGACAAACUAAUUGGAGGGGGUCAGUAGUCAUACCUUCAGAUUUGGAUACUUUAUGGAAUCUCGCUCAUCCUUUUUCUUUUUCGUGCGUGUGUUCUUUAUCCCACUGUAUCAUUCCACUGACUACCCUCUCUCAAGGGGGGCAUCAUUGUUAGGCAUUCAUAGCCAACAUUUAAUGUAAAUUUCUUUAAUUUUGAAAAUUCAUCCACCUGGAACUACCAUAUGGGUGUUCAACACCCAUAUGCCAUUAUGAUCAGUUGUGGAAAUAAUAUACCAUUAUUGGCAAAUGUGAAAUACCAAAUACUGUUAUCCAUUUCCCUUUUUAUAUGUUGAUAUGACUUAUCAAAAAAAUGAAGUUCAGUGUUACAAAUAAACAAUAAUAAUUACUUGUAUUCAUUAUUUUUUAUGGAAAUUAUCUCGACUUUGUUCCUAUUGCAAGAAAAUUGCACAAUGAAGAUAAUGGGCUAUCAUAAUAUCAAGUAUUUUAUGCAAGGUUUGUAACAAGUCUAUCAUUUUCAUUACCAGGGAGUUGCCAAAAGAUUUUUUUUUUUUUUUUU